AUGAAUCCUCCCUCUACAAAGGUCUCCUGGGCCACCGUGACGCUGCUGCUGCUGCUGCUGUUGCUGCCGCCUGCACUGCUGUCGCCCGGGGCGGUCGCGCAGCCUCUGCCCGACUGCUGCCGUCAGAAGACGUGCUCCUGCCGCCUCUACGAGCUACUGCACGGCGCGGGCAAUCACGCGGCCGGCAUCCUCACGCUGGGCAAGCGGCGGCCGGGGCCCCCGGGCCUCCAGGGCCGGUUGCAGCGCCUCCUGCAGGCCAGUGGCAACCACGCGGCCGGCAUCCUGACCAUGGGCCGCCGCGCAGGCGCAGAGUCAGCGCCGCGCCCCUGCCCCGGGCGCCGGUGUCCCGCUGAGGCCACCUCGUCUGUCGCGCCCGGGGGACGGUCCGGGGUCUGA